AUGCGACCGGUACCUAACCGUUCUAGGAGGACUUCCAUCAGCGGGUCUAGCAUUGCGAGCUCGGUCAGAACAAACGACACCUUCGAUGCUAUCCUUUCAAGUCCCGCCAGUAGUAGAACGAGCCUCGAGUCUUGGAAUUCUACUCCGCGAAGGAUCGAGUAUGGGUGGCAGCGACCAGCACCAAUUAAACAAUACAGGAAGAGGAGAGAAACAGGCGAAAUCUUAGCAGCUUUACCUGAAGAAGUCUUGGGACUUAUUUUAGAUGAACUAAAGAAGUUGCAUUUGAAGCCCGGUAGUACGAGUUGUGCAACAUGCAUGAUGAGAGACUUGUGUUCCGUCGCCAUGGCAGGGCGGGGAUUAUUAAAAGCUGCUCAAGUUGCACUAUACGAGGAUAUCCAACUAGUCGGUGCAGAUUCGCAGAUGCAAAGGAAGCGAUAUAAGCUGAAUUUUGGAUCUCGUCUAGUGCUACUUCGACGAACAUUGAGAUCAAACCCCAAACUGGCGGCGAUGGUUCGUAGCCUGAAAGCUCCAGCUGUGACUCAAGGUGUUCCUCUCGAUCUUUACCAGAAUUUGGUAGCUUCGGUUAUUAUGGCGUGUCCUAACUUUGAGCGAUUGGUUGGUUUUCACCAGAACCACGACUACUCGUUCAACCGCCUGUUCCACGCAUUAUCAACUAGGCGUAACCUGGUAGAGAUGCAUUGGACCAUCGAACCCUCUCAGUUUCAGAGGAAGCGUCGUCUUUCGAAUGCUGCAGCCCUACUAAAUUCGGAGAACCCAAAAUUCCAAGAGGCUCCAGGAGACUUGCCGCACCAGCUAAGUGAGGACUUCUUGGAUCUUCACACGGAUUGGGAGCAUUUGAAAACUCUUUCGAUACACUGUCUUCCGGGUGCAACUCUUACCCCGGUGUCUCUUAUACCUGACAUAUUAUCUCGAUUACCAGCUAUCGAGAAUCUUCAUCUAUCUCACUUACCUUUUACUGCUUUUAAUGACGCAAACUUACUCUCGUUACCGCCUUUGCAGACACUCACAUUAUCGCAUCUUCCAGGUGUAUCCAGUGAAGGUUUAUCCUCUUUCGUCAGGCGACCGUCGAGCAGAUCGCUUAAAAAGCUUACCCUUCAGCAUAUGGACGUCGACUCACUACCAACUCUGAGCCAGGUUCUCUCGAACUUGACGGUAUUGGAGACACUCUCGCUAGUACAGAGUGCCCCGCCGAUUAUGCCACCAAACGAGAUGAUCUGGCUAUUUCCCUACCUGGCAUCGCCCUCGUUACGCAAGUUGCACUGGGACAUCACAUGCAAUCAAACAUCCGCCAAUGGAGCAGACUCCAUACUCGCUAGGAGCAUAGAAGCCAACGGGUUCCCAUCGCUGCGGAUUUUACGCGCGCCGAACGAUCCCGAAGGAGUUUUCCAGUCACUUUGCAAGCCGAUGGAGAAGAUUGAGACAUCUAGCGAUAAGUUCCGCGGUCUAAUUUCCAAGUGCACGGCGAGACCUAGCCCUCCGGCAACCCCGACAACGCCAAACACGCCCAAAACUCCCAGCAAGUCUCCCCUAGGCCUUACCUUCCCGAUGGAAGACCAGCUCUUCCCGUCCAAGAUGUCGAGCAACCUGUCGCAGGCGCGAACCGCGGCGCAGAGCCGGUUGGAGGCGGCGUGGCAGACGCCUCGGUUCUUCGUGAACGUGAUCGACGAUGACGGGUCGGUGGCAGAGAACUACGGGAUUGCGGGGUUCAUCGGGCAGGCGGAGUCUAAGAUCCAGUACUGCGUGACGCCGGACGAGGGGGCGACGGACGAGAACGGCGGACUCGUCGACAUCUCGGACGUCCUGGGCGACCAGGGCGAGAAUCUGAAGGUCGAGGGCAGGGAGGGCUGCAACGGCCGCUGGAACUCGUACAACGGGGCUAUCGCUGAUAAGAAGGAGCGCGAGCGCUGGUACCACACGGAACGCGGACGUUGGCGUCUCGUAACUCUGUCUUAA